AUGGACCGUGCAAAUGGGGCUCUUCACGGGUUGUACCAUGAGAUUAGGGCUUCACUGAUUAGUGGUCACGCAGGCCACCGGGUUCCUGAAGUGGCCGCGGUGACUUACGGUAAGGCCCACUUUGCCAUGUGGUGUGAGACAGGGUAAACGAGACAAAAAUAGGGUUGUCGUCCACCGGCUCCAUAAUUGCAAGCAUCCGGGCAGCUGACGACGACUUGACUGGGUCUACUCGAGUAUGUAUCCCAGUAUGUUGACGACGACAAACCUCCAAUGCGAAUGACCAAUAUCGAAAAGGGAGCAGGCGGCGAGACUCUGGCUUUGAUGCGGGAUGAAAAGGAGAUAUGA